UCAUGGUGACGUAGCUCCGGGUACAAAUGGGCCCCGGUGGCGGGCGCCGGGGCAGAGCGUCCUAGGGGUGUAUCGGCAUCCGUCGGCGUGAGCGGAGAAAGCGUGAGCCAGCGCGCAGUCCGAAGUGCAUCUGCUCAGCAGGGAAGUCCCCACCGUCGAGUCGCCAUGGAGGUGCAGAAGGAGGCGCAACGCAUUAUGACCCUGUCGGUGUGGAAAAUGUACCAUUCGCGCAUGCAGCGCGGCGGGCUGCGGCUGCACCGGAGCCUGCAGCUGUCUCUGGUCAUGCGUAGCGCCCGGGAGCUUUACCUCUCGGCCAAGGUGGAAGCCCACGAGCCGCCCGAGGUGCCCUCGCCAGUCGCCCGCUCCCUCGACCCUCGCCUGCACCCACCGCGGGAAGCACAAGCCGCAGCGGAAGCAGCGUCCGCCGACGGUGAGCAGCCCUGCCCGGAGCCCAUGGACACUCAGGAGGCGCCGAAAACCGAGGAGACCCCUGAGAAAGCCCGUCUAGAAGAGGAGGGCGCGGAGGGAGGGGAGUCCGCGGAGGUCCCCGAGCGCCUGCAGGCCCCUCCCGCGCAAGCGGAAGGUGCCUUCCCCAAUCUGGCGCGCGUCCUGCAGAGGCGCUUCUCCGGCCUCCUGAACUGCAGCCCCUCAGCGCCCCCGACAGCGCCUCCGCCGCCGGCCUGCGCGUAUCCCCCAACCUCCAAGGGAUCCCAUGAGACUUGCACCCAGGGGAGCAGUGGGCAGCAGCAGCUCAUCCUGGCCUAA